CGUACAGCACAUCGUACGGAAAUGCCCAGCGGUCGGAAUAAUUUUACGCGCGUGUUGCAUUUGACCAUAGACGCAUUCACGCUCUGUAUGUCGUAACACCACUUUGCUCCGCUAUUGCUACUAAUUGCCGGCACGCCUAUAAAUAUGACGAUCUUCGCGUAGCGGCAGUCGUUGUCGAACAUGCUUCGGCAGCUUAUCGUACCUCUCAUAUUGGGAGGCCUGAUCGCCAGUUGUUUGUGCGAGCCUGUCGACAGAAGGUACCAGCUGAGAGCUGCGUCCUCCAGGUCGAUCGAGUGCGUGCACGAUGAGGGUGAUCGGGCGUCCGGAGGGUGUGCCGAGACCGACCGAGAGACGACGGAGGAUCGAACGCGGACCGUCAGGACGACCGCGCGGAGGUCCUUGAGUGACAUCGAGGAUAGCGGGCUGGUUGAAGUCACUGGCCGGAAGAGGAAAAAUAGAGGUAACAGAAUAAUACUGUACAUACUUGGAGCUAUGAAAGCAAUGUUAAUUUAUGGACUAUUACACGGCGUUGCGACUCUCGCAGGGAAGGCAGUAGUAGUCGCUAAGAUAGCCUUAGCUAUCGCAAUCGCUGCAAUUUUGAAAAAGAAUGAUCAGGAGACGUCUUAUGAGGUAGUGAAGUAUCCACACCACAGUUACAUACAAACGCAUAGCUCCAGCGUCGAUUAUGAUCAUCGUAAUGAUUACGGGGAAGACGGGUACAGUCAUCGAGAGGGACGGCGGAUUCUACGAUAGAAAUAGGUUCUAAUUAAUUGAUAUUAAUUGUUAUUCACAAAUAGUGGUCGAAAUAAAUUAACGACUAUUCAUGCGAAACGUGUGUUGCACUAGAAAAAGAGAGAAAAGUGACGCUAGAAAUUACUGGUAUCAGCCGUAUUCUAUUCAACCAUGUGCCCACUCGAUAAUGUAGCUUCGAUUUAGAUAAAUAUCUUGUAGUAGUACAAGUUUUGAUCUGUGCAAAUCUUAUAAUGUUAUAAUUGCAGAAUUGUGCGAAAUAUUGUGCGCAUAAUGAUAUGCGAUAAUUUGCAAGUCCUUGAGCACAAAUAUAUCAUAAUAAAAGCACCGUCAAUCAGCACCAAGCAAC